CGAGACCGUUGGCUUUCCUCUACUGGUGCAUGCGAAGAUAGAUCGCUGAGGAGAGUUGUUCCGCCUGGAUUGGGACAAGACAUGCCAACGCUCUUGCCCCAAGUACCACUCGUUCCUAUUGGUGAACAGUUGUGGGAGAGAUACGAACUGUCGAAUUCUGGCACACUCGCAGCUGCAUCUAGUUGAGGGUUCGUAAGCUCGUAAUCAUUUUAGUGAUUCUGGGUGCCGCGUGGGUUUGGUCUAGUAGCUCAGGACUAAUCGUGUGAGAGAAUUGAAUUGUCUGGAGUUGAAGCACAGGGUAGGGAGAUGUUAGCGGCGGCGGAAGUAGUUGCAUGGAGGAAUUCAGUUCAGGUGGACGUGAGAAGAAAUAAUAAACGUGCUUGGGGCGCGGAUGCGCAUCAGCUGAUGCAACUGAUGAUGGCACAGAUAAACCAGUCUUCCCGGCCCGCGAGAUUGAUCCCAGACUUGCUAGGCGACGAUAAUGUAUCUGAGUCGGCCCCCUCAGGAUUUGCUGAAUUAAUACUUGGAUCAUCACCGGAGCGUCAGCUGCGGCUUGACCUGGAAGGCGAACCACUUCCUUCUCACUGGGAGAAGUGCCUCGACCUCAAGACUGGGGAUCUUUACUUCGUAAACAGAUGCACGGGUGUGACCAGUAGUGACGAUCCCCGUGGUAUCCGCACCAACAAUGCAACGACUGAACACUUGUCUGUUGCUCAUGAGUUUUUAGGGAGUAAGAAGUCGGAGACAAUCGAGCAUGAGAUAGCUUUGAGAGCAUCGAUCACUACGUCUUCUAGGAGUCCCCAGGAUUACAAUUCUCGUCAUGUCUAUGCACACAACUUCUUUUCUUCACAAGGCUGCAAGCAGCCACUGACCUUCGACUCUGAUGAUUGGCGUGAUUCUUCAUCUCACUUCACUGCCAAAGCUCAAUGCUCCGAAGAAUUGGACUUGAAGCUGGAUCUGAACCUUUCGACUGGUGGAACAUCGGGGUCUUUCAUUAACCGUCACGAUCAAGCUGUGUGCACCGUGGAGAUGAUCCAAAGCGCAUUGAAGAGGGUUGAGGAGAAGCCGCACCCAAGAGUUGCCUUCAAACAUUCCCUCUCUCCCUCCUAUUCGUCGCUCACCUCCGCCUGCCCAGAAGCCUUUGGUGCAUCCCCGUCUAUCAGCAGCUCAUCGUCCACCUCCUCGAGAUCGUCGCUCAGAAUUUGUGAAGCGGAAAGUACAAAAGCAGAGUUGAAUGCUGUUGACUCCGGCCCAGCACUUGUGACGGGAGUAUGCACGCGUUGUUUCAUGUACGUGAUGCUAAAUAGAUGGGAUCCCAAGUGUCCCAGAUGCAAUAGCCAGGUCCCAGUAUAUUUCAGCGGUCCUCUUCCGUCCAAGAGACCAAGGCAUGAAUUCGACCAUCAGUUCUCAUCAGACGGGAGGUAGCUAUUUUACAGAAAUGUGGGUUUUGCUGAUAGAUUAGAUUCCCAGUCGAGCAGUAACAAGUUUGGUCCAAAGGAACCGCCUUGUUUCCACUUCCUAGUUUAAGCCUUGAGCCAGUUUCGGACCGCCGCGGAGCGAGGAGAAGUUUUGUCUAGAACCUCAUAUUGGUUCGAAUUCAUCCUCGGCUUUUUGUACACUAUACAAUUUUUAUCGGAGGUUACAUGCACCCUGCACAUAAUUAACUGCA